AUGGUAGAUGUUGAUUAUUCAUUGUAUUUGGUAACGGAUUCAACCAUGAUUCCGGAAUCAUCCACUUUCUUGAAACAAGUCGAAGCAGCUAUUAACAAUGGAGCUACUUUGAUUCAAUUGCGUGAAAAAUUAUUAACCACACGGCAAUUUAUUACAAGGGCAGAACAAGUUCAUGAAUUAACUAAGAAAAAAGGUAUCCCUUUAAUUAUUAACGAUCGUGUUGAUGUUGCCCUUGCUAUUGAUGCUGAAGGUGUUCAUGUUGGACAAAAAGAUAUGCCUGCUAAAUUAGCAAGAAAAUUAAUUGGACCAAAUAAGAUUUUGGGUGUUACUUGUUCAUCAUAUGAUGAAACUCAACAAGUUGUUGGUGAAGGAAUUGCAGAUUAUGUGGGAUUAGGUACUCUUUAUCCAACUCAAACUAAAAAAGAUUUGAAAGAACCAGGUGGUACUGGACCAUUAGGGAUUAGAAAACUGUUACAAGUUUUAAAAAAAUAUAAUCAAUCACAUCGAGAAAAACCAAUUAGAUGUGUUGGUAUUGGAGGUGUCAAUCAUUCCAACGCUGACAAAGUAUUAUACCAAUGUGCUGUACCAGGACAAAAACUUGACGGUGUAGCUGUUGUUUCUUGUAUUAUGGCAAAUGAAAAUGCAGCACAAGCAACAAUUGAUUUAUUAAAAGUGAUCAAUAGACAACCAAUUUGGGCUAAUAUUACCAGUGAUGGAACUGACGAUUUAUCUGUUAAAAUCAAACAAUUAAGUAAAGCACACCCAUUGGUUCAUCAUAUAACUAACAAUACUGUCAAAAAUUUUAGUGCCAAUGUGACUUUAGCAAUUGGUGCAUCUCCAAUUAUGUCUGAACUUGAUGAAGAAUAUGAAGAGUUUGCUUCAAGUAUUCCAAACCUUGCAUUAGUUUUAAAUGUGGGUACACCAACUGAAGGAUUACAUAAAGUAUUCAAGCAAGCUAUUCAUAUGUACAACAAAUAUGGUAAACCAAUUGUUUUUGAUCCUGUUGCUUGUGGCGCUACUAAAGCAAGAUUGGAAUGCAGCAAGAGUUUAUUGAAAUCUGGUCAAUUUACUGUCAUUAAAGGUAAUGUUGGUGAAAUUAUGGGACUUUAUAAAUUAACCAGUGAAUAUAUUGACACUGGAAAUCAAGCAUUAAUGAGAGGUGUGGAUUCUAUUGUUGAAUAUGGAGAAGAUGAUAUUAUUAAGAUUGCCAAGACUGUUUCAGUUGAUUUCCAAACUGUGGUUGUCGUAACUGGUGAAGUCAACUAUAUAAUAGAUGGUGACAAACGUAUUGCUAAAGUAAAAGGUGGUAACCCAUUGAUGGGUAAUGUCACUGGAACUGGUUGUUCUUUGGGAAGUACCAUUGCUGCAUUUUUAGGAGCCAAAGCUGAUGGAAAUAAAGGGACCGAUGUUUUCAGUGCUACUGUUGGCGCAGUUGAACUUUACAAUAAAGCAGGUUCAUUAGUUAAGGCAGAAGCUUCUGGUUCUUUUAUGAUUGAAUUUAUUAACGAGUUGUAUAAAUUAACUCAUUAA